GUCACGUGCAAAGGGGGGAAAACUUCUUUCUCUCUCUUUUUUUUCCCUCCCCCGCCCGAAUCUGAUGCUUAAACCCUCGCCGGGAGGAGGAUUCCAAUCCCGACGCACCAGCCCGCGCCCGCCACCUACAGCCGCGCCCGGAUCUCCGCCAUGGCCGCCGCGCCGCACCAGGCCCAGGGCCCCGCAGAUAGUGUGAUUCCGCUGCAGUCUGAACCUGCACUUGAUAAUAAUCCCUCCAAGAGUGCAAACGCUAGGGACCAGAUUCUUUCUGGUACGGAGAAUGUGACUACAGGCAAUGCACGCGGCGGCAGCUCCUUGAAAUCGCAAAAAGGCCCGCCAGAGAAGGCUAGCUCUGUCGGAAAACCUGGAGAACAACCUUUUCCCUACCAUCAAAAUGUGUAUGCACCACAGCCACAACCACUCUAUCCUGGAGGCUACAUGAACCCUUCAGGACAAUGGGAGGAAUAUCCCCAUUAUGUGAGUAUGGAGGGGCUCCAUUCCGUAUCUCCCGGAAUCUACAAUGACAACCAGUCCCUCAUGCUAUCUCCUGGAUAUGCAAACAAUCCCCAAAUGAUGUAUGGAGCAUAUUCUCCUGUUUCCACCGUUGGGGAUGGCCAACAAUACCUCCCUAUGCAUUUUCCCUUCUCAAGUCCUUACUAUCAACCACCAGCUUCUCCUAGCAUGGGAUAUUCAAGCUCUGCGACUGGAAUAUCCCAAGGAGACCCUAUGCUGCAGCAAGAGUACUUCCUUCCUGAUGGUCUUCUAUAUUCACCCACACAAGGGUAUCAUCAACCAUUCAGCUCAUUCGACAGAGCACCAACACAACUAAAUAAUGCUCCUGGGUUGUUUGGUCAAGGGAAUCUACCACUGGCUUCUGGAAUGCACCAUGGAUCGAUGUAUGGUCCUGGAUCCUACAAGGGACGCCAGCAAGGUAGCAAAUUUGGUGGCAGUACUACAAGUUGGAGUUCUGCUGGCCGCAGAUUUGGUACUAUCGACUUGAGUGGCAAUCAACAAAGGGGCAGCAUGCCAUUUGGUAGUCACAAUGGCUCUCUGGAGUUCAUGAAUGAGCAAAACCGUGGACCACGCGCUACAAAACCGAAGAUACAAGGCACAGAGAACACCUCAGGAGAUGAGAGAAGCGAGAAAAUUGUUCCUCUGAUUGAUAGCGAACUGUACAAUCGCUCUGAUUUUAUAACUGAGUACAAGGAUGCCAAAUUCUUUGUAAUAAAGUCCUACACCGAGGACCAUGUACAUAGGAGCAUUAAGUAUAAAGUUUGGGCCAGCACAGCCAGCGGGAACAGGAAGCUGGAUUCUGCUUACCAUGCAGCCAAAGAGAAAGAAGAGCAUUGCCCUAUUUUCUUGUUUUUCUCAGUUAAUGGGAGUGGCCAAUUCUGUGGCGUGGCUGAGAUGAUUGGACCUGUCGAUUUCGACAGAAGUGUUGAUUACUGGCAGCAGGAUAAGUGGAGUGGCCAGUUCCCUGUGAAGUGGCACAUAAUUAAAGAUGUACCGAACAACCUUCUGCGGCACAUCAUUCUUGAGAACAAUGACAGUAAACCUGUCACAAAUAGCAGGGACACACAGGAGGUGAAGCUGGAACAGGGCCUCCAGAUGCUAACAAUCUUCAAGAACCAUGAGGCUGAGACAACGAUCGUGGAAGAUUUCGACUUCUAUGAGCAGCGGGAGAAAGCCUUGCAGGAGAACAGACGUCAACAGCAGCCUCCCACCACCUAUCCUCAGAAGCUGGUGGAUACCAACGCUCAAGGUCCUGUGGCCGAUAUAUCAGAUGCAUUUGCCAAGGCCGUCCAGUUGAAGGAUACUGCGAACAGCGGGACGACCCCGAAAGCUGAGGGUGCCUCAGCUGAAAAUGGAUCCGCUGCCACAGCCAAGGUUGAAGGGAGUGCAAACCUGAACACAGGCCCUGUGGAGUAGAGUCCGUUUCCCUUCUUUCUGCUAAUUUGGAGCAGCAGAUGAAUUGCAUGCUGCAAUGUGAAUGCCGGAAAAGUGGAAAGUGCAGGUUGAUCGUGUUAAAUAUGGUCGUGGCUGCGUCAGUUGUACAACAUCAUAGGCUUUGUUUUAUCUCCAUUUAUGUUAUAUAAGUUCAAUAUCAUAGUUCCAAAA